CGCACACGGAGAUGGCGAUGGCGGCGGGCCGGGCGGGCCUGGGGCUUGCGGGCACCGGGAAGGUGGUUCCUCGCUGUAAGGAAAGUGCACACAAGUUCUGCCCUCCUCUCCCUGCAGGUGCUGGGGAAGAGGAUGGAGGGGAUGGCGUCCCCGCUGUGGGUUCGUUGUCUCUUCACCAGGUCGAAUAUUCCAGACUCGGUAUUUCAGCCACGGCCUGGAGAUCAUGAAAAGUAUGGAGGGAACCCUGAGGAGCCCCACAAAAUCCACGUUAUUACUAGAAUAAAAAGUGUCAUUGGUCGCCCCUAUUGGGAGAAGAAGAUAAUACGUGACCUGGGACUGGAUAAAGCACAUCAGCCAAGACUGCACAAAAAUAUCCCUUCUGUGAAUUCCAGACUGAAAGUUGUUAAACAUCUGAUAAGAAUCCAGCCACUGAAACUGCCCCACGGGCUGCCAACAGAAGAGGAAGUGUCCAGCACUGUUCUGACAACCAGGGGAGAGCUUAUCAUUAAAAAGCGCCUGAAACCUGUGGAGCAGAAAGAAAUUAAGGCAUAAGGUGUGCUGGUUGGAUUUAGAUUUUAUAAAAUAAAUACUUUAAAUCCCCAGUUGAGAGUUGGUGUAUGAAAAGUAAAAAUUCUUACUCUGGUAUGAAUGGCAAAGGUGAUAUUGAUGCUUAAAGCAGGUGUACAGAUACAGAAUUGAAUGUUGUUAAUAGUUAUCUGAAAUAUUAAAUUACUUGUACACUCUC